CUCUCUCUCUCUCUCUCUCUCUCUCUCCACUUAAACCCCUAUAAAACCCACUUCAUCUCUCUCUUCUUGGGCAGACCCAGAGCCUGCAUUGUUUCUCCCUCUAAGAGCUUGUUCAAGAGGUAGAGAGAAGAGCAAAGGAAGCUUGACUUCAACGGAAAUGGCUCUCUCAACUCUUUCUUCCAAGUCUUUAUACAGCAACACCUACUCUCUCUCUCAGCCUUACCACCACCAACCAGCUCUCUUUCUUCUUCCUGGCAACAGGUCUCACAAGUCCAUAUCCCUCCCUUCAAUCACCGCCGUCCAUGCGGCCGAGCCCGCUAAGAAUGCUGUCUCAGUGAAGGAGUCCAGGGGACCGUCAGCCCCGGGCACCGGCAAAUGGACGCUGGAUAGCUGGAAGACGAAGAAAGCUUUGCAGCUUCCGGAAUACCCUGAUGCGAAUGAGCUGGAGUCUGUGUUGAAGACUAUUGAGACAUUUCCGCCAAUUGUUUUCGCUGGGGAAGCCAGGAGUUUGGAAGAGAGGCUCGCUGAGGCUGCCAUGGGGAAUGCAUUUUUGUUGCAAGGUGGUGAUUGUGCAGAGAGUUUCAAGGAGUUUAGCGCUAAUAACAUAAGGGAUACUUUUAGAAUUCUGCUUCAGAUGGGUGUUGUGCUUAUGUUUGGUGGCCAGAUGCCUGUCAUUAAGGUGGGAAGAAUGGCAGGUCAAUUUGCAAAGCCUAGAUCAGAUCCAUUUGAGGAGAAGAAUGGAGUGAAGUUGCCAAGUUACAAAGGGGACAAUAUCAAUGGAGAUGCUUUUGAUGAGAAGUCAAGAAUUCCAGACCCACAGAGGUUGAUAAGAGCUUACACCCAAUCUGCAGCAACUCUCAACCUUCUUAGGGCCUUUGCCACUGGAGGGUAUGCUGCAAUGCAGAGAGUUACUCAGUGGAAUCUUGACUUUGCAGAGCACAGUGAGCAAGGAGAUAGGUACCAAGAACUAGCAUAUCGGGUUGAUGAGGCCUUAGGCUUCAUGGCUGCUGCAGGACUCACAGUGGAACACCCUGUCAUGACAACAACUGAAUUUUGGACAUCCCAUGAAUGCUUGCAUUUGCCCUACGAGCAAUCUCUGACAAGGUUGGAUUCAACUUCUGGCCUGUACUAUGAUUGCUCUGCUCACAUGCUCUGGUGUGGAGAGCGUACUCGUCAAUUGGAUGGUGCCCAUGUAGAGUUCCUUAGAGGAAUCUCUAACCCUCUCGGUAUCAAGGUGAGCAACAAAAUGGAUCCAAGUGAACUGGUUAAACUCAUUGAAAUUCUGAAUCCUAACAACAAGCCCGGAAGGAUAACAAUCAUCUGUAGAAUGGGUGCUGAGAACAUGAGAGUCAAGCUUCCUCACUUGAUCAGAGCAGUACGCAUGGCAGGACAAAUCGUGACAUGGGUCUGUGAUCCAAUGCAUGGGAACACCAUUAAGGCACCAUGUGGACUAAAAACACGCCCCUUCGAUGCAAUUUUGGCUGAGGUUAGAGCAUUCUUUGAUGUCCAUGAUCAAGAAGGAAGCCACCCGGGAGGAAUUCACCUAGAGAUGACUGGCCAAAAUGUGACUGAGUGCAUUGGUGGGUCUAGGACAGUAACUUUUGAUGACUUAGGCUCCCGCUAUCACACACAUUGUGACCCCAGGCUGAAUGCUUCUCAAUCUCUGGAGCUGGCAUUUAUCAUUGCAGAGAGACUUAGAAAAAGAAGGAUGGGAACCCAACACCUGCUUUCCUUGAGCCUGUAAAGCGUAAGCAGAUUUGGUCUUGGAUUAUUUCUUAGUGCUAAGCAGUCUAAGUACAUUUGGUAGUGAAUAAAUUCGCCAUUCUUCAGCACAGCAGUUCUUUCCAAAAUUUGAAAGCAGCUAUGGAAAUCCAUUGACACACAGCCUACUUAAGCAAAGCAUUUCUUGUAUCAUUUCUUUGAAUUGAUUUAGUUGUGAAGGGAUUUUUCUUAAAAUAUUGUUGAUGCAGUGUCCUCCAGUGGAAGCUGCAAAAGCAAUGUGGUGGAGAUAAGCUUUGUAGAAUCUUAUUCUAGUAAUUUGGAUUGAAGUUUAUGUAUUUAUGCAGCAUUGAAGUUUGAUUAAGCUGCUGUUUGGAUUUUUCUAGGCAAGAAAUUAAACUAAGCCCAUUGUAUGCUGUCAAAAUCUACUCCCAGAAGACUCCCUGGGAGAUUGAAGUUCUUGUUUGAUAUAAAGAGUCUUCUUGGAACUCA